UCUCUUUUCUCAGGUGGUGACCUGGAACGUUCUAGAAGGAUUAAGCCCUCCAAAGACUUAAGAGAACAGAACCGUUAGGGUUCUCUAGACCUUGGCACUCACCUCGACGUAUUCCAGACCCUCCAGAUUGUCCAGGGUUGGCUGUGAGUGGAGAGAGAUUCCUGAGAUUUUUGAUGCUCUUCGAAUGUCUAUCUCUAAGUGAAUACAGCCAAGCAACUUUUACAUUUAUUUGGAAACUGGAAAUUUUGAGAAAAUGAGACUGAAGGUAUCACUUCUACGAGAACCAAAGCAUCAAGAACUAGUCAGUUGCGUAGGCUGGACCACUGCCGAAGAGCUGUAUUCCUGUAGUGAUGAUCACCAGAUAGUCAAAUGGAACUUGUUAACGAGUGAGACCAGCCAGAUCGUCAAGCUCCCUGAUGACAUUUACCCCAUCGAUCUGCAUUGGUUCCCCAAAAGCAUCGGUGUGAAGAAGCAGACCCAGGCUGAGAGCUUUGUCCUCACAAGUUCUGACGGUAAAUUUCACUUGAUCUCGAAGUUAGGAAGAGUAGAAAAGAGUGUGGAAGCUCAUUGUGGAGCUGUGCUAUCAGGGAGAUGGAACUAUGAAGGAACAGCCUUGAUAACAGUUGGUGAAGAUGGACAAGUAAAAAUUUGGUCUAAGACUGGGAUGUUAAGAUCUACUUUAGCUCAACAAGGCACACCAGUCUACUCGGUGGCAUGGGGCCCUGAUUCAGAAAAGGUCCUGUAUACAGCAGGGAAGCAGCUGAUUAUUAAACCUCUUCAGCCAAAUGCUAAAAUUUUACAGUGGAAAGCUCAUGAUGGAAUUAUUUUAAAAGUGGACUGGAACUCAGUUAAUGACCUUAUCCUGUCUGCUGGUGAAGACUGUAAAUAUAAGGUAUGGGAUAGUUAUGGUCGUCUGCUCUACAGCUCACAGCCUCACGAGCAUCCUAUUACCUCUGUUGCCUGGGCUCCGGAUGGAGAAUUAUUUGCUGUGGGAUCCUUUCAUACUUUACGCUUGUGUGAUAAAACAGGGUGGUCAUACGCUUUGGAGAAACCAAAUACCGGCAGCAUAUUCAAUAUUGCUUGGUCCAUCGAUGGCACUCAGAUUGCUGGCGCGUGUGGAAAUGGACAGGUCGUUUUUGCCCAUGUGGUGGAGCAGCGUUGGGAGUGGAAGAACGUUGAAGUGACCUUAACCAAGAGAAGGACCAUGCAAGUUCGGAAUGUUCUUAAUGAUGCAGUGGAUUUAUUGGAAUUCCGUGAUAGGGUCAUCAAAGCAUCUUUGAACUACGGACACUUGGUUGUUUCAACAUCUCUUCAGUGUUACGUGUUCUCUACAAAGAACUGGAAUACACCACUUAUAUUUGACCUGAAAGAAGGAACCGUUAGCUUAAUUCUACAGGCUGAAAGGCAAUUUCUUCUUGUAGAUGGAGGAGGCAUCUACUUAUAUUCUUACGAAGGACGAUUCAUUUCCUCUCCAAAAUUUCCGGGGAUGAGAACAGAUAUUCUGAAUGCCCAGACAGUAUCUUUAAGUAAUGAUACUAUAGCAAUAAAAGACAAAGCAGAUGAGAAAAUUAUCUUCUUAUUUGAGGCAUCAUCAGGAAAACCCCUAGGUGAUGGAAAAAUUCUUUCCCAUAAGAAUGAAAUCUUGGAAAUUGCUUUGGAUCAAAAAGGACUUACGAAUGAAAGAAAAAUUGCUUUUAUUGACAAAAAUAGAGAUCUUUAUAUUACUUCCGUUAAACGAUUUGGGAAGGAAGAACAAAUUAUUAAACUUGGUACAAUGGUACAUACUCUGGCAUGGUGUGACACAUCUAACAUACUUUGUGGACUUCAGGAUACUCGUUUCACAGUUUGGUAUUAUCCCAAUACAGUUUAUGUCGAUCGAGACAUUUUGCCCAAAACGUUGUUUGAAAGGGAUGCAAGUGAGUUCAGUAAAAAUCCCCACAUUGUGAGUUUUGUUGGGAAUCAGGUCACCAUAAGAAGAGCAGACGGCUCUCUGGUUCACGUGAGCAUGUCGCCGUACCCCGCGAUCCUUCACGAGUAUGUUAGCAGUUCAAAAUGGGAAGAUGCCUUAAGACUGUGCCGCUUUGUUAAGGAGCAGACAAUGUGGGCUUGCCUGGCAGCCAUGUCAGUGGCCAACAGAGACAUGGCGACUGCAGAAAUAGCCUAUGCCGCCAUCGGGGAAAUUGACAAGGUGCAGUACAUCAAUUCCAUCAAAGACCUUCCGUCCAAAGAGUCCAAGAUGGCCCACAUGCUGAUGUUCAGUGGCAACAUCCAGGAGGCUGAGAUGGUCCUCCUGCAGGCAGGCCUCAUUUAUCAGGCCAUCCAGAUCAACAUCAAUCUUUACAACUGGGAAAGGGCCCUUGAGUUGGCUGUAAAACACAAGACACACGUUGACACGGUUCUUGCGUACCGGCAAAAGUUUUUGGAGACAUUUGGCAAACAGGAAACUAAUAAACGAUAUUUGCAGUAUGCAGAAGGGCUUCAGGUAGACUGGGACAAAAUCAAAGCCAAGAUCGAGAUGGAGAUUACUAAAGAGAGAGAGAGGUCCUCCAGCCUCAUGGGCAAAAGCCAGACAGCCAAGCACUGAACGCCUCUGUCCCGGUCGCUGUCCAUGGUGGGGAGGCUGGCCAGCGGGAGGCUUCCUGUUUCCUGUGAGCUCAGCAGGUUAGCAGAGGCGUCCUCCCUGUCCUGUUAGCGGGGGACUGGUUGGGCAAUCGGUCUUCUCUCUACUGCCCUUCCUGACUGUCUCUGAGCUGUUCUCCAGGGUCUGAACUCUUUGAAAAGAACUAUCAUGAGCUUGCUCGUUCAACAAUCUUCCAAAUUGUCGUUAGAGUGAAAAUAAACGCAGAUGGAUUUGUGAAAGUGCCGGGUGGGUCAUUAGCAUUGCUGCUUAGGUUUUCCUCUAAAGUAAAGAGAGUGUCUAUCGUAGAAUUUUUCUCACACACAAAGUUCUUAUUGAAGUCAUCAAGAAGGGGUAUGACUGAGCUCUGAAGCUGCCUUGACUAAGUUCAUGUGUUCCAGGAUUCCCAAAUCUGGGACUUUGUGAGAUGGCCUACACCAUGGUUGCCCAAGAUUUGGGAUUCAGUAUAAUUUCCAUCAUUGUUUCCAUGCAAGAUGUUAGAAUGCUUUGGAAAGUGUCGGGAAUGACAAUGCUGCUAAUUUGGCACUAUUUGAAAGAAGCUGUCUUGCCUCUUUAAGUGGGAUUUUACAGUGAACUAUUUUUUAUUAACCUAUCAGUAGCAUUCUUCAAUUAUUAUGGUCUAUCAGUUGUUAAAAUUUAUAUAAAUAAGUCUUUACAUGCUUAUUUCCUAUGUUGACACCCAAUAGUUUUGUACCUUUUGUGAAUUUAAAUGUGAAGUAAUGAUUGCAAAUACUGUUAAACACAAAUAUUUCUUCCAAGUUUAUUAAAUAAAAGAUGAGUUUAUCCAAUAAAGUGUAUUUAUACUUAUCACUUGGUGCUUUCAUCAGAGGCCUACGCUACUCUAGCAAAGUAUCUGUAGGAUUCAUUUUCUGAAAGCUUGAUAAUGAAUGAUGUUGGGGCAGCUAGGUGGUGCAGUGGAUAGAGCACUGGCCCUGGAGUCAGGAGGACCUGAGUUCAAAUCCGGCCUCAGACACUUAACACUUACUAGCUGUGUGACCCUGGGCAAGUCCCUUAACCCCAAUUGCCUCACUAAAAUUAAAAAAAUAUAUUUUAAAAAUGGAGAUAAUGAAUGGUGUUAAAAUACCGAAUGUAGUAUCACAGAAGCCUUGUGCAGCUGACAUAGUUAAUCAGUGACAGCUGUUUCUGUAUCAAAAGAAAUGUGUCAACAGAUUAGAAGUCCGAGACAUUUCACAUAUUUCUAGUAUAACCCCCCCCCCCAAAGUGAGCUCCUUAAAAAGGGGGAUUGAGUUGUUGUGCUUACAUAUGAUGCAGAUUGAACUUCAUUGUCUCCCGAGUCACUUCUCUGCCACCUUGGGGUUCCUGCUCCCCUCUUGGCCCUGUUGCUGACUUGGUAGACUCCAGUCUGCCUCUGCAGCUGUCUCAUCCCCGAAUUUCCCUCAGCACCUGGGGCCUCACUGCAACCACCUCAUGAGCCCUUCUCACUCUGGGACAGCCCUUUGCAAGGCCCCAUCCCCUUUUCCCAUGGGGGGAGCCCUGGCCUGCCAGCCUUUAUUCAUUUCCCUUCCAGCUCUUCCAACUUGAAAACUGUGGGUUUCUCCAGCUCUUUAUCUCUGUCUCCAUCUCUUCUUCUCCUACAUCUUUUCAGCUCCCUCUUGUGCGUUGUCUUCCCCCACUAGAAUGUAAGCUCCUUGAAGGCAGGGGCUGUCGUUUUUAUUCUGUUUGUAUCUCAGGAAUUAUCAUAGUACCUGGCAUAUGGUAAACAUUAAUAAAGGCAGCCGGAGGGCGCCACAAUGCAUAGAGCUCAGAUACACUGGCUGUAACCCUUAGUAAGCCACUGCAUUUCUGGCUUUCUUGGUUUC